GGUAGGGGCCCGUGCAAUUUGCAGGCGCGCUUCCCCGCCUUUCCCGGUCCACUUGUGCGCGGCCGGUAGCCUAACCGGGUGUCGUCCCACAGGCCUGGUCGGUGUUCCUUCUCGCGACAAUAAUGGCCAUCAUUAUCCGCUCUCCGCCCUCCGCUCCCUUCGCCCCACUCGACUUGCCUUCUUCCCCGCAAAUCAACCUCGCCCUCCUCUAUUGAUCCGCCUUUUCUUACUCGCCCCAUAACUCUUGCUACUACUACUCCUCCUCACCCAUAGCACAUACCACAUCACCAUGACAGUCAUCGCGGGCAAGGCCCUCGUUGCGCCGGCCGUCGGGGCGCCAUUCGAGCUGCAGGACGUGGUCAUCGACCCAGCACGACUGGGGCCGGAAGAGGUCGUCGUCAAGUUCAAGGCCACCGGCAUCUGCCACACGGACGUCUCGGUGUGGAAGGGCCUGCUCCCCGGCACGUUCCCCUGCAUCCUAGGCCAUGAGGGCGCGGGCACCAUCGCCGCUCUUCCGCCUGCGUAUCGGGGCGCCUUCCAGGUCGGCGACACGGUCCUCUGCACGUUCAACUCGUGCGGCGCCUGCAACCUGUGCAAAGACGGCUACCCGGCCGGCUGCGACAAGUUUCUCCUCAUGAACAUUCUAUGCCAGCGAUCCGACGGAUCGGCGAUCAAGAGCACCACCAAGGACGACAAGGAGCUUGUCAGCGGCUUCUUCGGCCAGAGCAGCUUUACCAGCCACGGCGUGGUGCAGGAGCGCUGCCUCGCCAAGGUCGACGCCAGCAUUCCUCUCGACCUCGUUUGCUCCUUUGGCUGCGGCAUCCAGUCGGGCUUCGGCACGGUGCUCAACACGCUGUUGCCGCUGGCCGUGCCCCGCACCUUUGCACACCUGCCUUCGAUCAACGACUUUGGCAUCCCCGUGUCGACGCCGUCGGCAAAGGCACCCCAGCAGCCCCACACGCUCACCGUCUUUGGCCUGGGCGCCGUCGGUAUUGGCGCCAUCGUUGCGGGGCAUCUGUCCAAGACGAGGAUCCAACACAUCGUCGCAGUCGACCUCAUCGAGUCGCGUCUCGAGCUCGCUCGCAAGGCGGGGGCCACGCACGUCAUCAAUGCGCAGGGCAAGACGACCGAGCAGAUCGUCGAGGCCGUCCAGGCGGCCAGCGUCAAUGGCCAGGGCUCCACCCUGUGCGUCGAGGCUACGGGCGUUCCUGCCGUGCUCCACAAUGCCAUUAUGUCCCUGGCGCCGCGGGGCCGGUGUGCCCUCGUCGGCGCCCCUCCGCCCGGUCUCAACCUCGACGCGGAGAUCAACCACUUGCUGUCGUUCCAAAAAAGCGUCAUUCCCAUGCUCGAGGGCGACUCGGAUCCCACAAUCUUCAUUCCAUACAUGAUCGCCCAGUUCCAGAGGGGCGCAUUUGACAUUAUGAAGGACCUCGUCAAGACGUACAGACCAGACGAGAUUGCCCAGGCCAUGGAGGACGCCAAGAGCGGGCAGGUCAUCAAGCCCGUCAUCGUCUGGGAGUAGACUCUCAUCAUCCUUCUGUCUUCUGCGGCUACAAAUUGUGCAUCCUCUGCUAGCAUGUCUCUGCUCUAGUCUAUAUCUUAGCUACGGCGUUUUGAUCCAUGCGAGCACAACCUUAAAUAAAAUGGACUGCACUCGAGU